ACUUCAACUUUUGACACAUCUAAAUCUAAAUUUAUAGUUGUGUUGUCUGUUCUCUUUGUACAAGUUUUUCCCUUUUCUAUGGUACAUUGGUUCCAGGCGCCGUGGGGUACGAGUGGACGGGCAUACAAAAUGGACUCGAAGAACAACAUUUACACGAAAAAUGAGCGACUAACCAACGAGGAGGUCAAUGUAGAGCGGCUAAUUCGCAUGUACCGAGCCAACCAGUGUCUCUGGAAUCCCAAGUCCCCGGGUUACCACUGUGCGCCCCUAAAGCAGAGCGCCUGGAACCGCAUCACGCGGAUUCUCAACAACGGCCUAACGACGGAUCAGGUAAAGCUGCAGGUGCUCUCCCUUCGCAACUACUACGACACGGAAUGCCAGGCCAUCAAGCGUAGCCAGCGGGAGGGAUUAACCUACGUUCCCUGUCGCUCGAUUUUCAAGGACCUCCAAUUCCUGCCCGACCUGGAACCGGAUGAGGCAGAGAAGUUUAACGGCAGACCUAGCGUCUGCGACGACCAACUGCAGUUUAUUAUUGAUGAUGUCAUGUCAGUCAUGAGCAAGAACUUGGUGGAGUGCAGGCGCAGUUUACACGUCGACCUCCAAGCACCCUUCGGCGAGAAAAUAUCCGAUUCAGAUAUCUCCUCUCCAAAUAAAAGCUCCAAGGAAUUCGUUGAAUUCGAUAUCUCGUCCUUGUCUGACUCGGACUUCGAGACGCCGGUAACUUCAUUACCAUUACGUGCCACUUCCGGAGCCGAUCGUCAGUACGAUGGGCAAGAUGAAAAGGAGUCUAGCAACUCCUCGUCCCACCAGCAGUCGAGGGAACGGUAUCAGGUUAGAGGCGCAUGCCCGUGUCCCCCAGACUCUGAGCGGGAAGGAGGAUUCCAAAAACAUGCCAGACCUACAGAAAACUAUAGCCACAAUGGUCCGUACGAGGUCGCACCAGCAACCACUCCUCGAAAUUCCCCAGCCGGGCAUCUGCAACCACUCAGACCGAGGAUGGAGGCCAGCAACAGUAACUCUCAAUGCAGCAGAAACUCCACCGAGCACCAAAGUAUUAGCGCCCGCAGUAACUACUGCAGUCGACCUUCUGACAAGGAGGAGUGCAAUGUCCUGUUGCUCAAGUUUAAUCCAGAAAAUGACAUGCGGUCACGAACUAAUAACAAAGUCUUUUGUACCUAUCAUCCUGCUGACAACAGGGAGAUCCAAGAGGACAAGCGAGACUAUAACGACAUCGACGCCAGCGGACAGCAACUACAAUCAGCCGAAACUCCAUUGUUCGAGUAUUACAACUCCAACGAGAACAAAGCUCUUCCGGCGGACUGCAGCUACAGCUAUGACCCCAGUCAUCAAUACACUCAGGGAUACGCGCAGCAGAGCACAGAGCAAAACGAGCAGGAUCAAAAUUGUUAUUAUCCGGAAGUAUCAGACCCAUAUGAAUAUGACGAUUGCUACUGUACGCCAGCUCAGGAAGUCGCUCAACUUUAUCAUCAGGGAGAGGAAUCGAUAGCCAACGAAGAGCCAACCUUGCGGCGUCCCCAGACGUUUGCUGGAUACCAGAGGAAAUACAGCAACACCGAACCUGAUGAUGCUCCAACUGAUGCACAAACGAGAGAGCAGUUCAGUCCCAACCGCUUCAAACGCAUGCCGCAACCCCGCCAGGAAGAUAUUCCUGGGUCCAGCUCAAAAGAUACCACGAACUCCGCUCCGAUUGUGAGGAGUCGGGGAUCCCGUAGCUCUGGGGCAGAUUCCUAUGGGGCCCAACAGUGCGCUGCACUUGCUGCACAAAUUAUGGACGAUUAUUGUCUCGGCCAAUGCAGACGAGUGCAGAAAACGUAUCCGGAUGAUGUUGAUGAAUUCUGCGAAGAGCCAGUGGCCAGGCGACCCCAAAGACGUUACCAGCCCGAAGACGUAAUUUAUGUAGAGUGUCCAGCCCGGAGGCAAGGACAACCCAGAAAUGAAGUGGCGAGGCGAAGGGAGAGUUCUCCUUCAAAGGUGUCGAAGGCAAGAGAUGAGUACAAAUAUGGUCCUCAAGAGGAUUUCGUGAAAAGUACGGAACACGACCAAGGGAGGAGGACUUCCAAUCAAUUUGCUCGAGAAUACACUCAGGACAGACAACAAGGCCAGUACGAGUACGAUGCACAAGAAUCUUUCAAAGAUGCCGAGCAGAGGCCAAAACGGAUUCCCCAGAGAAGAUCGUAUAUUCGAGAGAAAGCCCAAGCAGAAGACCAAAGCAGAGGUGCCCAACCGCCUUUCCAAAGAUUUGAGAAAAUCCCUUGCAAGGAUGACACAUGCCCACUUUUAAACCGAACAAUGGAAGUGGCGCCAAGACAAGUUCCGAGGAGAUCGUCCGAUAAAGGCCAGACUAAACCUGAAAAGCGCACCCCUCCGUCAGAACGCCAACAGCAAAUACGAGGCCAGACAGACUACAGACAAAGACGUGGGAUGGAUGGCACCGACGAGCCAUACAUGACCAAUAGAUGCCUGCCAAGCAGCCCAAACGACAGUCAGCCAAAAUCAGCACCGACUUUAAACCAAAAGUAUGGAAGUCUUGAAAUCGAUCCAUACGAAGUCGAUGAUUGCCUCUGCGAGGAUGACCCCAAGUAUCCCCAAGAGAUUGCAUCAACAAAAAGAAAAAGCCGGCAGGAUGAUCUAGGGAUUCCGUCUUCAGAGAGAAACAACAGGGAUGACCGGUAUCAAGAGCAAAGGCCAAAACAGUAUCCCCAGCGGAGAUCGUAUCAGCGGGAGGAGACUGCAAAGAAUCUACCACAAGGCCAAAGAUUUCAGGAAAUCCCUUGCAACAAUGAUUUGUGCCCAUUUGUAAACCCAAAUUUUCCAGAGAAUACCUCAUCGAAGAGAAAUAGCCAAGAUGACCGGCAGCCCAAAUCAAGACCGACAUCAAAGAAAAUGGAUAGAAACCAAGAAGAGUCAUCGGAUCUAUACGAGGUCGAUGAUUGCCUCUGCGAGGAUGACCCCAAGUAUCCCCAAGAGAUUGCAUCAACAAAAAGAAAAAGCCGGCAGGAUGAUCUAGGGAUUCCGUCUUCAGAGAGAAACAACAGGGAUGACCGGUAUCAAGAGCAAAGGCCAAAACAGUAUCCCCAGCGGAGAUCGUAUCAGCGGGAGGAGACUGCAAAGAAUCUACCACAAGGCCAAAGAUUUCAGGAAAUCCCUUGCAACAAUGAUUUGUGCCCAUUUGUAAACCCAAAUUUUCCAGAGAAUACCUCAUCGAAGAGAAAUAGCCAAGAUGACCGGCCGCUCAAAUCAAACCCGACUUCAAAGAAAAUGGAUAGCAGCCAGGAAGAGUCAACGGAUCUAAACGAAAUCGAUGAUUGUCUUUGCGAGGAUGAGUCCAUGAUUACAGAGAAAAGUUCAGAAAAGAGAAAUAUCCGCUUGGAAGAAUCAAGGGGUCCAGUGACAGCCUCAACAAAAAGAAACAGCGGAGAUGACCGCCAGGAAGAACCAAGUGUUCCAGAGGUUGUCUCUUCAGAGAAAGGUAGUCGUCGGGAAGAACUAAGUGUUCCAGAUACUACCUCAUCGAAGAGAUAUAGCCAAGAGAACCGGCAGCCCAAAUCAAACCCGACUUCAAAGAAAAUGGAUAGCAGCCAAGAAGAGUCAACGGAUCUAAACGAAAUCGAUGAUUGUCUUUGCGAGGAUGAGUCCAUGAUUACAGAGAAAAGUUCUAAAAAGAGAAAUAUCCGCUUGGAAGAAUCAAGGGGUCCAGUGACAGCCUCACCAAAAAGAAACAGCCGAGAUGACCGCCAGGAAGAACCAAGUGUUCCAGAGGUUGCCUCUUCAGAGAAAGGUAGUCGUCGGGAAGAACCAAGUGUUCCAGAUACUACCUCAUCGAAGAAAAAUAGCCAAGAGAACCGGCAGCCCAAAUCAAACCCGACUUCAAAGAAAAUGGAUAGCAGCCAAGAAGAGUCAACGGCUCUAAACGAAAUCGAUGAUUAUCUCCGCGAGGAUGAUUCCAUGGUUCCAGAGAAAACUUCAGAAAAGAGAAAUAUCCGCCUGGAAGAUUCAAGGGAUCCAGGGACAGCCUCAACAAAAAGAAACAGCCGAGAUGACCGCCAGGAAGAGCCAAGAGUUCCAGAGGUUACCUCACCAAAGAGAAGUAAUCGUCGGGAAGAACCAAGUGUUCCAGAUACUACCACAUCGAAGAGAAAUAGCCAAGAGAAUCGGCCUCCAAAAUCAAUAACUACAUCAAAGAAAAUGGAUAUCAGCCAAGAAGAGUCAACGGAUCUAAACGAAAUCGAUGAUUAUCUCCGCGAGGAUGAUUCCAUGGUUCCAGAGAAAACUUCAGCAAAGAGAAAUAUCCGCCUGGAAGAUUCAAGGGAUCCAGUGACAGCCUCAACAAAAAGAAACAACCGAGAUGACCGCCAGGAAGAGCCAAGAGUUCCAGAGGUUACCUCGCCAAAGAGAAGUAGUCGUCGGGAAGAACCAAGUGUUCCAGAUACUACCUCAUCGAAGAGAAAUAGCCAAGAGAAUCGGCCACCCAAAUCAAUAACGACAUCAAAGAAAAUGUAUGACAGCCAAGAAAAGUCAACGGAUCUAAACGAAAGCGAUGAUUGUCGCUGCGAGGAUGAGUCCCUGUUUCCAGAGAAAACUUCAGCGAAGAGAAAUAUCCGUCUGGAAAAGGCCAGCGUUUCAGAGAAUGCCUCUCCAAAAAAAAGUAGUAAUCGAGAAGAGCCCAUAGUUCCAGUGAUUGCUUCAUCGAAGAGAAACUGGCGAGACGAUCAUACGGAUGAUCUGAGAGUUCCAAGGAUUCAAUCUUCAAAAAGAAACAACCAAGAGGACUGGCAACAAGAGCAAAGGCCAAGACGGUAUCCCCAGCGGAGAUCGUAUCAGGGAGAGGAACCUGCAAAGAAUCUACCACAAGGCCAAGCAUUUGAGGAAAUAAUCCCUUGCAACAAUGAUUUGUGCCCAUUUGUAAAACCAAAUUUUCCAGAGAAUACCUUAUCGAAGAGAAAUAGCCCAGAUGACCGGCAGCCCAAAUCAAGACCGACAUCAAAGAAAAUGGAUAGAAACCAAGAAGAGUCAUCGGAUCUAUACGAGGUCGAUGAUUGCCUCUGCGAGGAUGACCUUAUGGGUCCCCAAGAAAUUACCUCAACAAAAAGAAAUAGCCGGCAGGAUGUUCUGGGGAUUCCGUCUUCGAAAAGAAACAACCGAGAUGACCGGCAACAAGAGCAAACGAAAAGACAAUAUCCUCAGCGGAGAUCGUAUCAGGGAGAGAAGCCUGCGAAGAAUCUACCACAAGGCCAAAGAUUUGAGGAAAUCCCAAAUCGAAAUUUUCCAGAGAAUACCUCAUCGAAGAGAAAUAGCCCAGAUGACCGGCAGACCAAAUCAAGACCGACAUCACCGGAUCUGUACGAAGUCGAUGAUUGCCUCUGCGAGGAUGAGUCCAUGGUUCCAGAAAAAACGCCAGCAAAGAGAAAUAUCCGCCAGGAGGAGCCGAGUGUUUCAAAGAUAGCCUCACCAACCAGAAGUAGUCGUUGGAAAGAACCCAGUGUGCCCGGGACUGCCCCACCAAAGAGAAACAGUCAGAACGACCGUAAGGGAAAAUUUGCACCUACUUCACAGAAAAUUAAUGUCGGAAAUGAAAAGCCAAUGGAGCCAAAGGAAGUCGAUGAUUGCCGUUGUGAUGAGAAUGUAGAGAUCGCCGCAUCAAAGAGAAACAGGAAUAAAAAUAGUAGAAAGGAUGAUGAGAAGGAUACUAAAGCACAGACGGAUAAUACGAAGGGAAGUCGAAACAAUAAUGAAGAACCGAAGAAAUCCACACCCAAAAAGAACAAUACUUUUAAAAAUUAUGUAAACGAACAGAAGUGUGAAUGCGAUGAUGCUGAUAAUUCUUACCGGCAGCCCGAUAACUAUUCGAAGAAGGCUAAUGGGAGAAAUAUUCCACACAGUACGAAAGAGUCCACGAGAACUUCAAUUAAAAAGAACGUUACAGCGGUCCCAACGAGGACUGGAAGAGAAGAUGAAAAGGAUAACAGUGACAGUGAGUACUGUGAUUGCCAGAUUGGGGUGGAGUCCCCAAAUGGGAAAAACAUAAGAAGCAAAUCUGGGAACAGUAGAAAUACUGAAGACGUUGAAGAAGUGAAUGAAAAAGGUAGGAAUAUGCGUUUAGAUAUAAAGAAAAAGGAAAACGGUACAGAAAGUAUGGAUGAUUUGGAGGAUUCUACCAGUUUAUGUGAUUGCGAAUGCUUUUGCGAGGACGAAGAGGAGAAGCCAACAGAUGACAAAGCGGAGGAGGAGACGUCCGCCAAGAAGAAGCUUCGUACUCAGCAGAUCGCCAAGGCAACGCCACGGAGCCAGUCCACUGCAGGUCGGUCCAGUGCGACCCCAAAGUCUAGGCUCAGGCGUAGCUCCAACGCGGAAGAGAUGGCAAAGAAGCCCAUUUCUUCGAGAAGUAGCAAACACAAUCGUCAUAUCAGCGGUAAGAGAUCCAUGAAAAACGCCGACUAUGAUGGUGGCACCAGUAGCCGCUGCCCCUUUGAUUUAAACAGGGCUUCAUACUACAUUUGCCAAUUACAGGAUGAUGAUGAAGAGAAUCAGUAUCUGAUUAUAGUGCCCGAAGCUAAAUAUCGUAGGAUGAGUGUCAACAGGACUUGCCCAGGACAAGAGCUUGCGAAGAGGAAGCCCUGCACCCCGCGGCAGUGCUCUGGCUUCGAUACUUUGUCCUGGGCCAGUCCAAAGCCCGCUCACCAGUCGUCUCCAAGGAAAACGGAUGGUCUCUCUGUCCUUGGCUCCUAUAUGGUGCCACCAGUCGCCGCAGAGACCACCAUGAGCAUUAUCAACCAGCACAUUAAAAUGUCGAUAGGGCGCAAGCCAGUAGUAGAACUGAUCCAAAAGAACCAUAGAUACUGCGCCAGCAAGAAAAACGUGAAUUCUCCGCCUAAGAUGCAAUGCAAGCCUAAGCCCAAACUGAUGACAGCAAUGGCUUAUAAUCGCACGCCCAUCCUUCGACCGAUCCAUGAGACAAGUUCAAUAUUGGCGGAGAACCGCACCGUACUGCUCUCCAAAAAUCCGGGUUCGAGUUCCAAUCAAGAGGUUAUCGUACUGCAUCCGCCCGUCCUUGGCUUUCGACCCUCCAAGAACUCCCUCUGCCUGGAUGAUGUGCAGAUGCAGCUUAUCAAAGUUCAGCACAGCGAGCCGCAUGUGAGCCCGAGGCCGAUGUGAUCUAAAACAGAGCCAUCCAGAGGUUGAACUCUAUGGCGUAGCCAUCCAGCCAUAGCAUAGCUGAUAUUUCUUCACACAUAGUUCUCUGCCCCAACCAAUGUACCAGAGUAUCAUAGUAAAGAACAGCAACAAACCGAAGCCGCAG